AUGACGGAAGACAACAACCAUACUGGCGGCCACAACGACGGUCACAAUAGUGGCCGGAACGACGAUCCCCAUGACGACAGCGGUCGCCUUCCGCGAUCGCCUGAAUUACUACCUUUCACUGAAGUGAUUAUGCAGGCUAUAAUGCCCAAUCGACCUCCCCCUCAGAUUGAAAAAUUUGACGGAACAACGGACCCCGAACACCAUCUCCGGAAUUUCGUCGACUCCAUGGCUUUCUAUUCCAAAAGCGAUCCAAUCAAGUGCAGGGCUUUCUCCUUGUCCCUAAAAGACGAAGCCCUAGAAUGGUACUACACUCUUCCUCCGAAUUCUAUUGACAGUUUUCAUAUUGUCACCACUCUAUUCAAAAGCCAAUUUUCAGCCAACCGGAGGGAGAAGGUGUCAGCUGCCAAACUCGUCAAUCUCAAACAAGGGAAAGACGAGCCGUUAAGGACAUUCAUGCGUAGAUAUUCUGAAGCGGCGAGAAGAGUGAAAGGUGUCACCCAUGAGUUCAUCAUCAACAACCUACCCAACUGUCUCAAACCGGGGUUUGUCUCGGAGAGCCUAUACGCUGAAUUACCGAAGACUAUGGAGGAAUUACAGGAGAAAAUGACCAAAUUCAUCAAAAUGGAAGAUCAACGACACUACCGCAAGAAAGUUGAGGCCCCCAUAACUGAAGCUAAAUGCGAGGACCAGCGAUGCAUGAUAAAGGUCAUAAUCAGAGGCCCCCCCGAAGAGGGCUUCCAACAACGCUCGCCCAGGGAUGCGGAUGGCUCUAAAACUUGUCGGUUUCAUGACAACCGAGGACAUUCCACAGAAGGAUGUCAAGGCCUCAAAGACGAAAUCGAAAGAUUAAUCCGUGCCGGAUAUCUGCGGGAAUUUGUUAAAGCAGAAACGAAUCAACGAGGGCGCUCGCCCAAAAAGAUAAGGAGAAGCCCCGAACCUUCACGCCGAAAGACCGAACGCUCCCGAGGGCGCUCGAGAAACAGAUCUAGAAAGCAAGAUACGACCCCGAGAGGUCGCAUAGACACCAUCUCCGGAGGUUUUGCUGGGGGCGGAGCCUCAUCCUCGGCCCGCAAAAGGCACUUGCGGAACUUGCGUAGCGUCCACACAAUAGUUCGAAAUCCCUUAUCAAUGCUGGACAUCACCUUUACCGACAGGGAUUUUCAUGCCCCAGACCCAGAACAGGAUGAUACUAUGGUCAUUACAGCCCGAAUAGCGCAGUAUGACGUGAGCAAAGUUCUGAUAGACCAGGGAAGUUCGGUUAACAUUUUAUACUGGACAACAUUCCAGAAGAUGGAGCUGACAGAGGAUGCGAUAACACCCUUUCACGAACAGAUCGUUGGAUUCGCAAGGGAACGUGUUGACACCCGGGGAUACCUCGACCUGAGGACCCGCUUGGGCACCGGUGACAAGUCCAGAGAAAUUCGUGUGCGCUUCCUGCUGGUCGAAGCCAACACUUCAUAUAACGCUUUUCUAGGGCGUCCCUGCCUAAACGCUUUCGGAGCGAUUGUAUCGACUCCUCAUUUGGCGAUGAAGUUCCCGUCCGAAAGCGGCGAAAUAUGCACCGUUCGAGCAGAUCAGAAAACCGUUCGGCAAUGUUACACCGCUUCCUUAAAAGCCACAACUUACAGAAAAGAGAGAAGACCUGAAGCUAUCCUGGUUGACGUAGACCCUAGAACCAACACAGAUGAUCGGAUUCAACCCAGGGAGAGAUUAAACCGUUUGUCCUGGGGAAGAAUGUCGAGCAAACUACUAACAUAG